GCCCCGCGAUCUUCUAAGCCACAGAUUGUCUUAGCGCAAGACUUAUGUACGUACCUACUACUUCGUAUGUACAGCUUGGACCCUGGUUAUCGAAAGUUACUCAAACUCAACAGUUUCACUUUUCUAAGUAUUGACUUUACGGUAUAUUUCCUACCUGUUGGGAGCUUUAUUAUAUUAAAACAAAGUUACACCAGAAGAACUGCUGUACCAAUACUUUUUAAGAGGACGAAUAUGCCUCCUAAAAGGAAGUCCAAGGCCGGUGGGUUGGCAGAGGUAUCAACGCCAAAAGCAUCCUCAACUCCCGCGCGCGACGACGAUGCUAUGGAUGUCGACACGCCGCAAGCUGCUGAUACUCCUCGCGCCGCCGAUACUCCUACAGCUUCCAAGCCUAAUUUAAAUUUACCUCCGCCAUCUGAAAUCCUCAACAACCUCUGGACCGACGAUCAGGAAUCUUCCCUAUUUAAAGCAGUUAUUCGCUGGAAACCAUCGGGGAUUCAUAAACACUUUCGCAUGAUAUCCAUUUCGGAACAUCUUCGUAACCAUGGGUUCGAUCCAGACGUCGAGACGCACACGCGCAUACCAUGUAUAUGGGCCAAACUACGGCUUUUCUAUAAUAUGGAUGCCAUAGACGAGCGCGAUAACGCCUUCGACUACGUUAAGGGCGAAACCGAAGGCCAAGACGAGGAGCCUCCUGAACAGAAGUACAAUUAUUUCGAACUACCUGCGGAUGACUUUCAUGAUCUCAUGUGGGCUCGCGCGGCAGCCGGACCUGGUGAAGAGUCGGCCCCGUCAGAUGCAGAAGCGGAAGCUCACGAAAAGCACGCGGUUUCUAGUAGGAAGCGCAAACGUGGCAGCACGAGAGGAGGCGGUCACGAUGCUACGACCGAUGCGGCGAGCGUCGCUGGUAGCACCACGACCAAAACGCGAAGGUCCAGUACCAUCGAUGACACCGAUCAGGAGACGCCGUUCCCCAGUAGUCCUGCGGGUCGGCCAACUGCAAGAGGUGCUAGGAGCCAGAAACGAGCUGCUGCGAAGGCGAAGGCAGAGAGUGUGGAGCCAGACGUCGAAGAAGAACCUGAGGAAGACGACGAGGAAGCCGAAGACAACGAGAGCGAAGAAGAGGGAGACGAAGAGGAAAGCGAGAAGGAAGAAGCCGAUGCUGCUCCAACUACUAGAUCCAGUAGAGGGAGCGCCGCUACCAGGGGUCGGGCCGCCCGUGGACGAGCUCGAGGGAAACCUGGCCGAAAGAAGGGUUGAAAACCCAUUGACCACGUUUUUCGCAAUAAUAAGCGAGCACAAAGCAGCCGGCUUUAAUAAUGCUUGGAUCAUAGAAGCGAACGCGGCGAUACGAGCUACCGAGAAAGCGAAGGGGCUGUUUUGAAUACCUAAGUCUUUGUCGCAAUAGGGCCAGGCGUGCGGUAGAGUGCGGCCUUUGGUUACGGAACUACUACUCGUAUUUGCCAAAUGUUUGCUGUGGAAGCCAAGACAUGCUAUGACUAUCGAGCGGAUCAUGCGGACUAUCGACAAACAGAUGGAAGGCAAAUCCUACGGGCCUAAGGAAAGGAUAUUCUAGCAAGGGGCUACUAGACAGCAUGGAAGUAACCGCAUCCGACUUUGUAAUGGACAGUGUCUAGGUAUAGGUCCUAGUGUACGUAUAGUCUAGGAACGUAUUGAACUACGGCCAAGUAUGGUAUACUACUUGUUUGGUCCAUUUGCCCUAGGUAGGUUAGACUCUUAGGCGGAGUGCUGACUAGUACAAGAAUGAUAAUAAUAAUAAAAAGCUAUUCUCAAACCUGUAGUUUAUAGCAAUUCAAAC